AUGAUUUCAAAGUGGGGGAUCUGCGGCCAUAUUAUGGGGGAAACCAAGCGGCCACGACAAGUCUCCCCCCAGGACAAAGCUGAGUCCCUGCUAAGGACGGGGAAGAUUAGGGUAGGCAUAAACUCUUGUACAGUGGUCGAGAGGGUAAACGUUACCCAAUGUUUUCGCUGCUGGGGAUACGGCCAUUAUAGGAAAGAGUGCAAAGAGGAAGACCGUAGUAUAAAUUGCAGGAAAUGUGGAAGGAUCGGGCACAAGGCGGAAGAGUGUGGAGAAGAACUCUGUUGCCUGACUUGUAAAAGGACGGGACAUGCUGCCGGAUCGGGUGCAUGCCCGGAAUUUCGAAAAGCCCUUGCAUGGGUUAGGGCUAAGGCCAAAGCGAAAAGGAGAUAUUAA